AUGGCCGACGAAGUCUCGACAUGGGACGCCGCACAGGUCGUCGCGCGCGCCAAAGCGAUGAUCCACUCGAGCAACUAUGAGAAAGUAGCCGACGCGCGAAAGGGGGUCGACGAUACACUGGCGGUGUGGGUUACCACCACAGCCAAUCAAACGGACCCAGACCGGGCAGCACGAGGCACCGCCGCUGUCGUGGCGCUCUGGCACCAGUAUGCAGCUCUGGAGAUGGACCUGCGGCAGUUCAAACAGGCGACCAAAGUCUUUGAACGGGCCGUGGCGUGUCCUGUCGCAGGCGCAAACAUGGCAUUGUGGCUGCAGUACGCCGACUUUUGUGUCCAGCGGAACAAGUUUUCCAAUGCCCGCAAGAUUUUCGUCCGUGCGCUCGAGACGCUGCCCGAAGACAACCACACGGCCGUGUGGGCGCGAUUCUAUGGCUUUGUGUGCACGAACGUCGAUAACAAGUUGUCGCUGGCCAUGCUGCAGCACCAGGUCAUGCCGGACAAGUUUCCUCAGCCAGGAGCUGCACUCGCAGCAGUACCUGCUGCAGAUGCUGCAGCUUCUGUGGUUGCUCCGGCUGCAGGACCGAGCGCUUCGAGGCCGGUAACGACGAGAACCAUUCCAAGCACAUUGCAGCCGACACGUGGCUUAAGCUCUGCAACCAGUGCAGUGUCCCUUGUCGAUCCAGUUGUAGCGUUCAUUGACAAGACUGGAGAAGUCAAGUCCAGUCACGUGCAAGCGCCUUCUCCUCAUGCUGUGGAAAGCGUAGACUCUGCGGCCGAUCGUGGAGGUGCAGUGAAGAGAGGGCCAUCAGAUCCUCGGCUUGCGGGCGAUGCGAAGCGCGGUAAACCAGAUGCAGCAGCACUCGAUGCGACGGUAGCAGCCACAGUCUCUGGUAUCGAGCCUGCCGCGUAUUUCUCGCAUAUCCCGCUGACGCUGCCGUUCAUUCCCAAGUGUCCUCACUUGAUGUUUGACAGCGUGGCAGAUGGCGAGGCUCAAACGCAGAUUGGCAACGAACUUUUGGAGCGCUUAUCCGACGUGUUGAGUGACAGCGCUGUUUUCGAGGGUGUGGGUGCUUUGCGCGACGAGCAGCGUACUCGCGACCGCGAGAUGCUCUACCGCUGGCAGGACCUUGUCGGUAUGCAAAUGAAAGAAGGCAGCGAGCUAUUUGCUCGUCACGUCACACUGGAGAUGCAGCACGGAUUUUCAGAUCCGCGUGGGCACAUUGCACUCAAGACGCAACAUUUGGAGCAACGCCGCGAGUUUUCGAGUCGCUGCCAGAUGUCGCAGCAGCAGUUUAUUGAGAUUUGUUCGCUGGACCGCGUCAAUGCGCUGAAGGCACAGCAGACGUCGCUCGAGAGAAUGAAGAUACCAGAAAUGAUGGUGACGACGGACCCGGAAGUUAUCGAACUGCAGCGUGCAAUUGCCGGUCUAAUUCUGGAAGCUGAGAAGCUCUGGCGGGAGGAGAAUCACCAGUCGUCUACUGAAGUAAAUGCUGCAUCAAUUGCUAACAAGAAGGGUCUUCAAGCAGCAUCCACAUCUCCUAGCCGCCCUUCUAUGCGGCAACGACGUGACAGUCAGGACUCUGUUACUUCGAGUCACUCUACUGCACGUAGUUCUACUGCUGGCGGUACUUUCCGCAGCAGUGGCAGCAACAAUGGCUCGCACGACCCACGCGGAUCUCGCACGUGGGGCGGCAAUGGGAGCAGCCGCCGCCGAGACCGUGAUCCGCGUAGUGGCCGUGGCCGCUUGAAUAAGUGGGACAUCCAACCCCAGCAGUCUCGCCCUCCUGGUGCUGUCCCUCCGCAACAGCAUUCCCGUUACAAUUACCCUGGACAACAACAGGCUGCGCCUAGAGCGCAGGAGCAGCAGCAGAUGCCAAUGUAUGACCGCGGGCCGCAGCGAAUGCAAGUGCCCAUGCAACAGCAGCAGCAGCCGCAUCAAUUUCAGCAGCAGCAGCAGCAGCAACCUCACGGUGCACUGAAUGCACCACCUUAUGAUAAGUAUGGAGGCCAGCAGAGCUCUAUGCCAGAGCAGCAGGGUUACGCCCCGCUUUCAGGCGCUUAUUUUUCGGGGCCCCCGCAAGAAGACCCUCGUCGUCUUGGCGAUAGCGAUCGAUUCGUAGGACAAGGAGACCCUUCUAGAGGUGGUUUUGCAGGCGGCAGUUGGCCACCGUCGCAGCAACAGCCAUUUCACCAGCAGCAACCGCAGCAGUCGAUGCGACAACGCCCAGGCUCUAUGACUGGAGACGAUUAUAGACCUCCGUAUGAUCCUUCGCUCUCGCGAUAUGGCACAGGUAUAGGACCUGGUGCAGCUUCAGUCGCUGACGGACCAGGUUCUGUCUCGUACGGCGGUGUUGCGGAUCCGCGUCGAGGAGGCAUGCCUGUAGACGCCUCGUAUUAUCAGGACUUGCCCCAGCAGCAGCAGCAGCAGCAGCCAUAUCAUCAUCUUCAGUCACAGCCGCCGCAUGGCGAUAGUUUUCCUGCUUAUGCACAGGAUCCUUAUGGACCACCUCAAGGCGAGUUCCAGCAGCGUGGAGCGGGUCGGUCCAUGGCAACGUACGGCUCGGGACAGCAGCAACAGCAGCAGCCACCGCAAGACAUGAUGCAGCAAUACCAGCCGCAGCAGCGUUACCAGGUCGAUCACUUGCUUCCGUCUCCGGCAUCGAACGCGAACAACCGUCGCAAUCGACGUGGCGGACGCUACCGUCGGUAA